AGCGACGCCCCUCCUGGCCGCCGCCCCCCCCUGGGGAUCUCGAGGGCGCCAUGGCGCUCGCGCGGCCGGGCUACCCCGCGGAACCGCUCGCCGACCUGCAGGCGCGCAGCGGGGACCACCGCUACGCCGUUGCGGAGGUGGAGGCCGAGAUCGCCCAGGCCAGCUUCGAAGAGAGGGAGGCCGAGCAGGAGGUGGUGCGGCUCCGCCGCUCCCUGGCGGAGGCCUCUGCGUGGCGCCCAGGCGCCAAGGCCGCCGAGGGCCAGGCACUCCGCGCCGAGGUCGAGGCCCAGCGCCUGCUCGGGUGCCGCGGCCGGCUGGAGGCGGAGCUCGGCGCCGCGCGCGGCGCGGCCGAGGAGCUGCAGGGGCAGCUGCGGGCGCUGUCUGGCGAGAGUUCCGCCGAGGAGGACAGGGCGGGCCGUGCCGAGCGCGAGGCGGCGGCGCUGGAGGCCGCGGCCGAGUCCUGCAGGCGACAGCUCGGCGACCUGGAGCACCAGCGCUCGAGGCUGUGCGACGGCUACCUCAGCGCCGGGCCGCGCUUCGAGCAGGCCGCCAGCGCCUCGUCCUGGAGGCGGCAGGAGGUCGAGGCGGAGCUGCGCUCGGAGAUCAAGAGGAGCGAGCGCAGGGCGGGCAGGCACCGGGACUGCCUCGGCGCGCUGGAGGCGGAGCUCGAGGCCGAGGAGGCUGAGGCGGGGCGCCAGGAGGCCGCCCUGGAAGACAGGGCCGUGGAGGCGUCGCAGCUCGAGCAGGCCGUGCACGCCGAGCGCGCGCGGGCGCAGCGGCUGCGGGCCGCCGCCCCCGCGGGCGCGCCCGCGGCCGCGCCGCGCUCGCCCUGCGGCGACGAGGGGCAGCUGGUGGGCAUGCCGCUGCACCUCGAGCUGCUGGAGGAGCAGGCCGCGCGCUUCCGGGAGCGGCUGCAGGGCCUCGGGUGGCGGCAGCGCCUCGCCGCCGGCCCCGGGGGCGCGCGCGGCGCCCGGCCGCCCGCGUGGCUGGGCCCGGAGCUGGAGGCGCUGGGGCAGCGCGGCCGCCGGGCGGAG